UCGACUCCAUCACCAACACAGCACAUCGCUCAACGGCACAUGCAUGCGAUCCACAAUCUGCGACAACACGAUAUCGGUGGUCGCUUCCAUGAUAUGAACGCGCCGAGAGAUAGCACACCGUCUUCAACAACCGACAGCGCGAUUGGCAGUGACAUACCAUUCGCGCAAGCGAGCCCACGUUCUCCAACUCCAGGGUCAUCGAGCUAUAACAACAUCUCGUCUAAUCGCCAGGCAUUUGUGGCUUCAGAUACCAUGCGCAGCGACGGCUUCGAUGUUGUAACGGCAACGCUGGAUGAGUGGGAAGCGCGCGAUGCACCAAGAGCUUCGAACCAUGCCGUCGAGCCAAGUGUUCCAAAGCCAUUGGAUGAAGGCAUCUCCCAAGAGCGUCGAAACGGCUCUGCAGAACAUCCCGAGGUCAUCGAGGAGGAAGCCGAAGCAAAUCUUGAGCAGAGUAUUGCCAAAGUUCUCGAAGUCGUAGGGACAUCCAAAGAGGAUGCACAAGAUCUGCUUCGCCAAUCCCGCGGCGAUGUCCAAGAAGCAGUUGGACGCUUCUAUGAACGUAACUCGCCAACGCUGGUAGAAGAAGCUCUUACCGAGAUGGAGCUUGGGAAGUGCACAAAGACGAGGAAGAAGUUUCUGCGCAAAGGCGACGUUCUAAUCGUGCUGGAUUGUAACACUUUGGGCUUGAGCUGCAGAUUGCGAGCAGAAGAGCUCCGGGCGGCAUCUCUUUGGUUGGCGGAGUCAUUGUCCUCCGCGGCUCCAACUUCACUAGGCCCAGAUGGUGUGAACUAUCUCUACACUUUGCAGAGCCCUGCCGUAGCCGGUGAACAAAAUCUCAGCAAGAAGGAGUUGAAGAAGUCUGUCAAGCAAGAAGAUGAUGGUGAAGCUGAAGCCACAGCCAAGGUUGAUGCGCAAAAGAGUAUGGAAUGGCUCAAAGCAUACGAAACGUUCUUCCGAAUCACUGCGCAUACUUCUCCCAAGCACCUGCUGCUGGAUCAGGACAGCGUCAACAAGUCUCUUCCGCGCAUCGAAGCAGUAUCAAAACUUGCGCACCUUUACGAAGCAAACACUCCCAGCUCACCAGUCACGAGCGCACUUACCGUCGUCUUUGACGGGUUUGACGAACGAAACAUGCUAUGGGCCUCGAUUGCUGGAAAUGCUGUGAAAUGGCUGGCUAUUGCGUCCAACCUCAAAAAGGCGUCAAUAUACAAGGAGGCGUUUGUGCAUGUCGCUAGCGCCUUCCUCACACUUCCAAGCGGUCUGGAGGAGCAAGGUCUUCCACAGUGUGUUCGAUCAAAGGUAGAGUAUCGUGCGAGAGAGAUGGAGUACCAGCGCAUCUCUGUCAACAGUUCACUACUCAGCUUCACUAUCAAGGCUUCUGGAGGCAGGGAAGUACCUGUCAGCCCAAGCACUGAUUUCCUCCCCUACAGCGUGCUGGUCUUCUACAAAGAGUGGAUUGCAGAGCAUCUCCGCUUCCACGAAAGCAACGCUGUACAGGUGCAGACCAACGCAUUCUGCAAUCAUGAGGAGCAGGAUUGUCUCCAAAUCGCGGAGUUCUACCGACUUUUAGGUGGCGCUGACGACUAUUUGCCCGAGGGUCAAGUCUUCGCGGCAGUGACGCGCCGUAGCUCUGAAGGUCGCCGAGACAGUGUCCGCGAACUCGACCCCGACAAGAAAGAAGAAGUGCGGGCAAUUCUGAAGACCAUCAAGGCCAGAGCGGCGGAGAUCGUCAAGCCGAUGGUCACCAGUACUCUGCGCUGGACAGAUAGAGACUCUCUUCCAUAUUUGACGAGCCUUGUGGUUGAUGAGGAAGACUUUCCCUGGAAAGCUGAGGUGAAGAGGGAGGAAAGCGUGACGAGUGAGGACAGCGAAGAGGAAGACACAGACAUGGAGGACUGA